AUGGCUGGCUAUCCCAGCAGUCAAGCUGUGUCGGAUAUUGGGAUCAUUGGCAGUGGGGUCAUGGGCUCGAACCUGGGCCUCAACAUCGCAGACAAGAGUUACAAUGGGCAGCCGUUCCAUGUGUCACUCUACGACCUGAACGCUGAACAGGUGCAGUCGGUUUUGGCCACCAACUCCAGCUAUAGCAAUUUGCAUGGUUUUGGAGGACAGGAGAAGCUGAAGGACUUCGUCGGGUCCCUGAAAGCCCCGCGGAAGGCGAUCAUACUGAUUCGACGCGCCGAGUCCUUGGAGGCUCGAGGCCUUCGCUUUUUGGGCAUGGGAGUGAGUGGUGGUGCGGAAGGAGCUCGCAAGGGGCCGGCCUUCUUCCCUGGAGGCACCUUGAGCGUUUGGAACGAUGUAAAGCACAUUGUAGAGGCAGCAGCAGCAAAGGCCACAGAUGGGCGGCCCUGUGCCACUAUGAAUGGCAAGGGUGGAGCCGGCUCAUGUGUAAAGAUGUAUCACAACGCUGGGGAGUAUGCCGUCUUACAGAUUUGGGGUGAAGUGCACGAGGUGCUCAAAGCAUAUGGCGUCAGUGGGGAUUCACAAGCCAAGCUGCUGGAAUCUUGGAAGACUAGGAAAGGCGGCCGAUACGAAGGGCUUUUGGCUUCAUACAUGCUUGACAUCACCGUGGAGGUGGUGAAAAUCAAGGACAGUGAGAGUGCCGGUGGUAGCAACGACGGCUCCCUCCUCAUCUCAAGAACCAUGGACAAGACUGACUCGAAGGGCACCGGCCUUUGGAGUGUGGUGGAGGCUUUGGAGGCCGCUGUUCCGGCUCCCUCCUUAGUUGCAGCCGUGCUGGCACGGCAGAUGUCAAUGCUCCGUGCGGAGCGGUUAGCCAACUCAGCUGCUGUGAAGCUUCCAAGUGCUCAGACAGGCUCAUGGACUGCAGAAAUGGAGGAAGAUCUCUUUUGGGCGGCGGCCUUUGCCAUCAUCGCCUCCUACGCGCAGAUGUUCCAAUGCCUCCGAAAGAUGGAUGAGAAGUUUGAGUUCGGGUUGAAUCUCCCUGCCACCAUUGCCACCUUCAGAGCAGGUUGCAUUUUGCAGGGUUUCUUGUUGGAACCCAUGACCAAAGCCUUUGAAGACAAUCCAAGCUUGGAGAAUCUACUCACAGCUUUUGGACCCGAAAUCAAAGAGUAUCUACCACGCUACAAGCGUUUGGUGAGCCAGGUCACUAGAGAAACCUCCGUGACCGUCCCAUGUCUUUUGGCUUCUUUGGACUACAUUCAGACCAUGUACCUCCCAGAAAUCCCCUCAGCACAGUGCGUGUCGCUGCAGCGGGAUGUCUUCGGAAGACAUGGCUUUGAGCGCUUAGACAAAGAGGGGCGCUUCAACGCCCAAUGGCCAUCCUUGCAACAGGGAGAUGCCACAAUUACCACCGCCACUUCAGCCCCUACGGGCAAGUAG